AUUUGAAGUAGUUUUGUUCACUUUGCGUUCAUUAUGAAUCCAAAUGGCUGUAAUAAAUCAGGAAAAACUUUCCUAUUCACAUCUGAGUCUGUUGGAGAAGGGCAUUCAGGGGGGCACGGUGGCUCGGUGGCUUAGUGGUUAGCACGUUCGCCUCACACCUCCAGGGUUGGGGGUACGAUUCCCGCUUCCGACUUGUGUGUGUGUGGAGUUUGCAUUGUCUCCCCGUGCCUCGGGGGUUUCCUCCGGGUACUCCGGUUUCCUCCCCUGGUCCAAAGACAUGCAUGAUAAAAUGUGCGAUCAGAUCAGCGAUGCGGUUCUGGAUGCUUACCUGGCAAAAGACCCUGACUCCAAAGUAGCUUGUGAGUGUGUGUCCAAGACUGGUAUGAUCCUUUUGUGUGGUGAGGUGACAUCAAAGGCCGUAGUGGACCUACAGAAAGUGGUCAGAGACACUAUCAAGAGUAUUGGAUAUGAUGACUCAUCCAAGGGUUUUGACUACAAGACCUGCAAUGUGCUUGUCUCACUGCAGCCACAGUGUGUGGAAAUCAGUGACUGUGUGUUUGAAGGCAGAGAUACAGAAGAUAUUGGUGCUGGUGAUCAGGGUUUAAUGUUUGGCUAUGCCACCGAUGAAACCGAAGAGUGUAUGCCUCUCACCAUCAUGCUAGCACACAAAUUAAAUGCCAAAAUGAAGGAGCUUUCAAAGACUGGAGUUUGUCCAUGGAUUCUCCCAGAUUCAAAGACUCAGGUGACUGUGGAAUAUCGUGACAAUGGGGGUGCCAUGGAGCCACUCCGCAUUCAUACACUGGUCAUCUCCGUUCAGCACACACCUGACAUCCCGCUGGCUGAAAUUCGUCAAAAUCUAAUGGAAAGAGUUGUGAAGGCAGUCAUCCCCGCCAAAUACAUGGAUGACAAGACAGUUUAUCACCUUCUGCCUAGUGGAAAGUUCCUUAUGGGUGGUCCACAAGGGGAUGCUGGCCUCACAGGAAGAAAGAUCAUUGUUGACACAUAUGGUGGAUGGGGUGGGCAUGGUGGUGGAGCGUUCUCUGGUAAAGAUUACUCAAAAGUGGAUCGCUCUGGCGCUUAUGCUGCCCGCUGGGUGGCCAAAUCACUUGUCAAAGCCAAGCUGUGUCGGAGAGUUUUGGUUCAGGUCUCAUAUGCUAUUGGUAUUAGUCACCCUUUGUCCAUGUCUAUUUUCCAUUAUGGGACGACAACGCGAGAUGAGGACCAACUUUUAGAGAUUGUUAAGAAUAAUUUUGACCUGAGGCCUGGGGUCAUCGUCAAGGAGCUUGAUUUGAAGAAACCAAUCUAUCAGAAGACAGCCUGCUAUGGACACUUUGGACGAGAGGAAUUUCCUUGGGAAAAGCCAAAAAAACUUAGCUUCUGAAAUAUUUAAUUUAUUUAUGAAUUAAAGCAUCAGAAUAACCCAAAAAUUCCAGAUCAUAAAUUUAUAAUUCUGUUUAUGCUAUUACUGCAUUGUUUUGUAAAUGUAUUGAUCACUGUAAAUGUUGACUGAAAAUAUUAAAGAUAUAUCACUGGAGACUAAUAAAAAAUAUAUUUUUGAGCA